GUGAAGAUCCAGAUGGCAAAACCUGAUUAGGGUUACGGCACGACUAAUUCGGUUUCCUUUUGCGUAGUAAUCCUGAAGAUUCGGUUUUGAUGACAUUGGAGUCGGAGCUUCGGAUUUUUUGUCCCCUCAGGUCACAUUAUAUAUCACCCCCUUCCCCGAUCAUCGGCUUAGUCGUUGUGUCUAACGCAGGUCGAUGAUCGUCUGAGUUUCAUGGACCAGUCUCUGGUGCAAUCCGCUCCUUCCACCGAAGAAGACGAGUGGGACACUGAGGGAUUUGUGAUUCCAAGCCUGGGUAUCAGGGAUUCUGGAGAAAGUCGAAUUGAUCCUAUAGAAGUUACAGAUUCUAAGCCGUCAUCAAUUGCAACUAAUUUAAAAGAAGAGAAUAUAUACCUUGGACCUCAUGGUGCUCCUCCUUUACGGUCAAAACAACCAGAGUUAAACUCGAGCAAACGCAAGCAAAGUUUGAAGCACAAACUUAAGGAAGCUGAUAGGAAAUACAGUGGAAUAGGGAGUGAGAAUAAGGUGGACAAUCUGAGAGAGCUUUUGGGAAGUGCGAAAAUGCCUGCUGCUGCUGCUGUACCCAAAAGCUCCUCCAAGGGUUGGUUAGACCCCCAUUGCCUUGAGUCUCAAUUUGAAAGGAUGGAGUAUCAUUAACUAGUGAGAUAUAAUCUGCUUAUUAUCGAUUCAUUGUGGUUUGGUUUAUAUAGUGAUCUAAUAAACUUUCAAGACUCCUUUAUCCCCAACUUUCUUUUUGGACAGGGGUGUCUUUUUCAUUGGGAUUGAUGACAACGACCAUAACUGGGAUAUAUAUAAUCAUACAUAUUUAUCAAUUACCACUAUUAUAGACUGAGAUCAAAA